AUGGUAUUCUGUGAUGGUUGUUACGCGUGGUAUCAUUCGACAUGUGUUAAUGUAAAGAACCAAAGAAAAACGUGGUUUUGUCCUGAAUAUAAGGGAAGCAAUGACAUACGAUUCUUACAGCGGCUAAUAGUCGAACUGGGUAAUUGGCCGGUGUUAAGAGGAGACCGAUGGAAUGAAAAGAAUUUUUAUUGGUUGACACUAAUCAAACCACCGUUCUUUGAAUUUUCUAACCAUGAGUCAAUAAAUCAAAGUGAUCCGCAGAUAAAAGCUUACUAUGAUUACAUGGUUAAUAUAUCUGUGCUACUAGGGGCUGAUGAGCCGAUUGCUGAAAGUGAACUCAGCGAUUCCUUGGAAUUUGAAUUAGAACUCACAAGUAUUUCAAAUAACUUAUUAAUUGACUCAUUAUUAAACAACACGGCAUUAAUCGAGGAAAUGUCCGUUGCUGAUAUGAUUGAACGUUGGCCUUCCGUCAAUUGGAUCAAGUUUUUUAAGAUGGCUACGCAACCAUUUUAUGAAAUCAACAAUGCGACAAUUAUCAGAACGGCAGGAAGUUUUAUUUACUUGGACAAUCUCAUUCAAAUUUUAAAUUACACUCCCAAGCGAAUUCAGGCUAAUUUUGGGCUAUGGAACAUAAUUGAACGUUUAGUACCGUUUUUGAUAGAUACUUUGAGUUCUGUCGAUUGGAUUGAUGAAGAAACUAAAAAAAAUGCUAUCGCAAAAGCGGAAGCUAUAAAAAGUCUUAUCGCGUAUCCGGAUGAAUUAUUAGAUGAUGAAAUGCUAGAGGAGUAUUUUGCAGACCUUGAUCUAGAUAAUGAUUGUUUUCUGAAAAAUAGUGUUCAAUUGAAGAGAUUUAAUUGGAUAAAGGAGAUGGAGAAUAUAAGUAAAUCUUUUAAUAUAUAUUAUAGGGCAAAUUGGAAUGUUACUUCCUUUGAUCUGAUUAAGAGUAGAGCCCAUUACAUUCCAACUUUAAAUUCAUUUGCAAUGACCACAGGAUUGCUCCAAGGCUUAAUUUUCGGGAUCCAUCGUCCUAAUUACAUGAAUUACGGAGCAACUGGAACAAUUAUAGGUCAUGAGGUCAGCCACGCUUUUGACCCCUUCAGAUUUCAAUAUGACCAUAUUGGAAGAGUAAACAAUUUGUGGACUGAUAAAUCGUAUAAUGCGUAUCAAGAUAGAGCACGUUGCUUCAUCUACCAAUACAAUAAUUAUACCCUAGAUGCAAGCGAACAAAAAUUGAAUGGUACUAGAACUCUAGCUGAAAAUAUUGCAGACAAUGUUGGCAUAAGAAUAGCUUAUCUAGCUUACCAAGAUUGGGUAGUGCGAAAUGGACCUGAACCAAGUUUGUUGGAGUUGUCUUCAUACACUUCCAAUCAAUUAUUUUAG